UGUCACUCCUUCAUUUUGGUCUUGCUGUGAAUGCACGGUGUUUUUUUUGUAAUUCUUUCCAAUUUCGUCAAUCGUUAUCGCCACGACUCUCGUUUAUUUAUUGUGAAUAUUCAUAGUGUCGUGCUGGUUCUAAAUAUAUGCGUUUAUUGACGGUGACUAUUACGAAUUGGUGAUAUGUAGUGAGUGCCGUUUAGGUCCAAAGUGCGAAGCGAAGUGAUAAUAUAUUUUUUAUUUUGAAUAACAUCAAGUUUGUUUCCAAAUUUGUGGCCAAAAUGUCUCUGGAAGAGAAAUUCAAUGCUGCCGUCAAUGUAAUAAGGAGUUUGCCGAAAAGCGGGUCGUACCAGCCCAGUAACGAGCUGAUGCUGAGGUUCUACAGCUACUUCAAGCAGGCGACGGAGGGCCCGUGCGACAAGCCCAAGCCCGGCUUCUGGGACGUCGUCAACAGAGCCAAAUGGGAGUCGUGGAAGAAGCUGGGGGACAUGAGCCAGGACGAGGCGAUGCAGGCCUACGUCGACGAGUUACACAAGAUAGUUGAGACGAUGUCCUACAGCAGCGACGUGGCGAGCUUCCUCACGGCUGGUGAUGAUGACGAGGGGUUCCCCUCGGACGACCUGCAGCUGGUGGCCGGCGACGUGUUGGCCAAGGUCGCUUCGGAGACCAACAGUCCUAUCGACUCCCGUUCAGUGAGCGGGUCGUCGACCCCGGCGCGGACGCGGCAUGACAGCGACGACGAGUUCAUCGACACCGUCGACAGUGACCCCGAGGUGCCGCCGGCGCCGGCGCGCGAGGAGCCCCGCUCGGCGCCGCGGCUCAGCAACGGACACGCGCACCAGAUCACCUCGCAACUCACGCAUCUGAAGGUGCUAGAACAGUUACCAGCGACUCUGGCGCGGCUGGAGGCUGACGUGGCGGCGCUCAGGAAGGCGGUAGAGGGAGACCGGCGUGCUAUGCGAGACCUAAACAGCUGGCGCUGGCCGUGGCAAGAGUUGAGCCCGCCCACUCUGCUGCUAGUGGUGGUGUGGCCGUUCAUAGCGUACAGACUGGCGGCGCGUGCGCAGCGGAGACAUACAUAACGAUACUGGUUGACGGAGCUCGCAGAUGACAACAUAAUAAUAUUAAUGUUAAGCGGAAGGUCGACAGUUUCUACAGAGAGAAGUUUGUGUUUACAAACUUUAUUUAACCGCUGGUUAUUUGUGUAUAAUAACUAACUGUGUAAAAUACGGGCGAUUACACAAUACACAUUAAUAAAUUGUGGUGGAAUAUGUUUACCCACGAAUUCAUCCAAAACCGUCAUCGUCAUAAGAGGCUUACAAGCGUCAUCGAGAUAAUUGAAUUUCUACUCUUUGUGUUAGACUGGUCAAAAUUCGAGUAUCACGACGAUGCUUGCAAGACCCAAACUGGCAUUUUGUUCUAAGAAUCCGGGGGUUUAGCUUUAGGUAUGCAGGAUGCAGUAUGUUGCAAAAAAUCAUUUUAAUUUGAUUAG